AGAAUCGAAUCAAAUCGAGUGUAGAAAGUGGUAGAGAGUGCAAAUGAGUGCAACUGAAAGCUUCGUUCUGUUUGUUGUUUAUCAAAAUUUUUUCCCCACUAGCACUGAGUCACAAAAUUUAUAAAAAAUUAUUUUACUUUGAAAUGGUUAAAAACGUAAAUUUCUAUUCGCCUAAUAUACAUUAAAGUAUAUGAGAGAAAGAAAGAGAGAAGGUGUAUUAGAUGAAUAUUUGAGAAAAGAAAAGGAAAGAUAUUUAUAGGUGGAACUAUGUCGCACGAUCCAACUCGUCGAAAAAUCACAAAAUCUAAUGUGGAUAAAGCUAUAAAACUUGUAAUGAAGCAUAACGCGGAGAGAAAAAAACGACAAAAAAUGGAAGAAGUCAAUGAUCAGAAAGUUGCCUAUUAUUGCAAGAGAUUUCAAGGCGAUAAGAAAAGUAGGACAUCGCUUGUAGGAUUUUCAAAGAGUUUAACAUUGUUAGAGAUGGAAUCUUAUGUCGCCCGUCAAGAUUGGAAGCAUGCGUUAAAUUUAUUUCCUCGACUUCUCGAAUGUCCCGUUGAAUUAGAGCCUUUAAUAUGGAGAUAUGCAUUUAGCAUUAUACUGCAUACGAAUGAUCCGUCACAUCUCCAUCAAUUUUUUGAACAAUGCAUUGGCAGUCGAAGUUCAAAUAACAGCAUUUUGUUGGAAAAGUUAUUGUUAUUACCUUUAAAGGAUGAUAAUUUAAGAUAAUCCAUUACACGAUGUCAGCAUAUUUUGUGUCAAUAUAAAGUAUUUGUUAGAUACAAA